CCGACAAACGAGAGCAAUAUGAAGUCGGUACAGAUAGUUAUUUCGCUAGCUCUUUUCGGACUCGCCGUGGGCUUGGCGGUGAAACCUACUGGUGACGAACCCACACAAGUUCCAUUCUACACCGUGGAUCUCGAUCAGCCAGAAGAGAAACGAUGGGACCAUAUCAUGAAAGAGUAUGCAGAAGACGUCAAAUAUGUUCAUGAAAUUAUGAGCGAUAUUUUCCCAGAAGACCUCAUUCCGUUGGUGGAGCAGAUCGCAGCCAACUACGAUAACGACAUCGAGGAUCCUUAUGCCAACGAAAUGCGAGGAAUUGCCAAGACGAUGAACGUCAGCUUGGGUGAUGUGGUGUUUCUCAAUAUAAUCUACGAUUUGUCGGCAUUCGGCAGGGACGAUUCGCGUUUCGGCAAGGCGUGUACCAGCAUCGUGUCGGAGGAUGUGAACGGGCUGAUCUGGCACGCAAGAAACCUGGAUUACGACUUUGCAGACAUCCUUCGAAAUGUUACCAUCGGGGUGCACUUCCAAACCGGAGGCUCGACAACGUAUUCAUCAAUCACAUUCGCAGGUUAUGUUGGUGUGUUGACUGGCCAGAAGCCCCACGGAUAUACGAUAACAGUAAACGAACGAGAUCAGGGUAACUGGUGGAUGAAUAUUUUGAUUGCUCUGAUGGAUCCUAACGCAGUUCCAAUCGGAUUUCUUACUAGAGAUACUUUGACCUACUUUACGGACUUCGCAGGAGCCGUUGAAAACUUGGCCCAGACCGACACCAUCGCCCCCGUGUACUUCGUCCUCGGUGGUGUCAACAAACGCCAGGGGGUCGUCAUCACCAAGUCUAGGAUAGAGUCAGACGAUCUCUGGUACCUUGGCGCCGAAAAGAAUUAUUCAAAUUGGUUUCUGGUUGAGACAAAUUACGACCACUGGGAGCCUGCACCAAGCUCAGAUGACAGAAGAGAUCCUGCAAUCAAAGCCAUGAAAGACAUGGGAAAGCAGAAGAUCUCAGUUCAGAACCUGCUUAGUGUGCUUUCCACACCACUGGUAAAGAAUAAUAGCACAGUCUACAGUAUCGUGAUGUCAGCAUCCCAGCCAAGUCUACUGAAAGCGUGGGUGCGAUACCCCAGUUAAAACUCGUCCAGUGAAACUUUCAGUGGCAUCCAUUCUUCAAUGUGCGUUGAUAAUAAAAGACCAUCUCUUUUUUCCUCGAGGAAGAUGAAGUAUUAUGUGGAGAAAUUUCGACAAAAUAUUUAGAUUUGAUAGAAUUUUGUAUAAAAUUAAUAAAUUAUUAAUAUUUA